AUGCAGCUUCUUUUGUCUGUGUGCGCCCUCGUCGGCAUUACAUCUGCCGCACCCGCGACCGAGGCUGCCUUCUCUUUAUCUGCUCGCCGCGCACUGCCCAAUCACCAAACGCUCGCUCACCUUUCGGCCCGCAAGAUUCGACGUGAUGGCAAAACAGGCAAUUUCAGCACAGCAAUCGAUAAUCAAUUAUACUGGUACGCUAAUUUCACAGUUGGUAACUCGUCCAACCUGGAGCUUUUGAUCGACACUGGGUCGAGUGAUUUACUGCUUAACAAUGGCGUCUACGUGCCCUCCAAGUACGAGACGGCCUUCAACGGCAACACGACAUUCUCCAUCAGCUACGAAGGUGUGGACCGGCAGGGCUUUGGGUUCGAGACAAUAAAUGGUACUGUCCAGAACGAUCUCGUGAGCGCAGGCGGCCUCACGGUCACAAACCAAACUAUCGGCAACUCCACUUCCUUCGAGUAUUUUGACGUCCCGCCACUAUCAUCUGCAAAUCCUGGCGAUGGCAUCGUCGGCUUUUGCUUUCAGGGUGAUAGUGUAUUUGAGCCACCAGCGCUCCCAUGGUUCUUCAAUCUGUGUAGUCAGAAGCUGAUCUCCGCUUGCAGAUUCGGCCUUGCAUUCGGAACCCGCGGCGUUGGUCAGCUGGUGGUUGGAAAGUACGCGAAGAAGCUGAUCGAUGGCCCGGUUGUCUCUAUCCCCAAUAUCGGCGGAAAUAGCUCCUAUGCCGUAUAUGGUGAUGUUACUCUGAACGACACGAUCGUGCUCGAGAAUCAAACGAUCAUCAUGGAUGUCGGAACGGACAAUAUCCAAGCACCCAUCGAGCAGGCUACGGAAGUCUUCAAGCUUCUCAACUACCAGACACAGACUCUCACCGAAGCGCCCACUCCGUUCGACCCUGGCUUGACGAUCACUGUUCUCAACGGCUUCUUUAACUGCAACAACCCGCCUUCGCUUGGCUCGAAGUCUCAACUUAAGAAGGGCGAGAAGGCCACAGUGUUUGAGGUGUCGAAAGACGUUUGGGGCGUAUUCAACAACACUGCAACGAACUGUACAUCUAUUCUUGGCGGCACAAAUGGCAUCACUGUCGGCAAUGUCUCUGCGUGGCUGCUUGGCCAGUCCUUCUUCGCUGGUCACUACAUCGACUUCUACACUCCCCAUAAUGGCAACGAGACUAUGAUCAGCUUUGCAAAGCUGAAGCAUCCCGGCGAUGGCUCCUGA